UGAGAGAGGCGACGCAUCGGGAGGGAUCACGAAAGCAAAGGGAAGGUAUAGAGACGGGAUUAUUUCAUGAGGCAAAGGUAAAGGUACGGAUGUGAGAGGUCGAAAGCGAUUUUAAGGAUAUCUAUGGAGCUGUGCAGUCCCAACAUGAGUGAGAGUGGAGGAUCUCUGUGCCAGGUGAAGCAGCUUGCCUGCCACAGUGUACCCCUUUGUCGCCUGCAGGCCAGUGGACACCACACGCACAACCUUUCCCAUCUAACCCACCAGCCGUGGGUCAACCACCCAGCCCCAACUAUCGCCUCCAGCACAGCCAUGGCCAUCCGCCAAAGGGGAAAUGGAGCCAUGAUGGCCAGCUGCAGCAGCCAUGAGUGUGCGGCCUCCAGACUUGGAGAGGAGGCAGCUAUGGCUCCUCGGGGCAUCUCCACAGGGAAGGUGUUGGUGACAGGAGGAGGUGGAUACUUUGGUUCCAGGCUGGGAAGAGAACUAGCCAGUCAGGGGUUGUCAGUGAUCCUUCUGGAUAUAAACAAGCCUCCUGGUGACAUCCCCGAUGGAGCAGUCUAUCAUCAGAGUGACAUCCGGGACUAUGCUUCCCUCUAUAAAGUGUGUGAUGAGGUUGACUGUAUAUUCCACACAGCGUCUUACGGCAUGUCCGGGCCAGAACAGCUGAGAAAAGAGCAGGUGGAGUCAAUCAAUGUAGAAGGGACCAGAAAUGUUAUAAAUGUGUGUAAGGAGAGGAACAUCCCCAGGCUGGUGUACACCAGCACCGUCAAUGUAGUGUUUACUGGGAAACCAAUAGAGGAGUGUGAUGAGGCCUCAAUGCUGUAUGUUCCCCCCAAUGUACACAUCGACCACUACUCCAGAACUAAAGCGAUUGCAGAGCAGAUGGUCCUUUCUGCCAACGGAUGCUCCCUAAAAGGGGGAGGCCUGCUUCGCACCUGCGUCCUGCGGCCCUGUGGCAUUUAUGGACCAGAUGAGAGGAGACAUCUUCACAGGGUGAUGGUGAAUGUGGAGCGGAGGUUGUUCAUUUUCAGGUUUGGAGACCCCCGGGCCAGGAUGAACUGGGUACACGUAGAUAACCUGGUGCUGGCACACAUGCUGGCAGCCGAGGCUCUCACAGUGCAGAGGAGCUACAUAUCUAGUGGACAGGUCUAUUUCAUUAAUGAUGGAGUUUCAGUCAAUCUAUUUGAGUGGUUGACACCGCUGUUUGAAAAUCUGGGCUACAGCAGACCUUUGAUAACCCUGCCUGUGUCAUUCGUCUAUUUAGCAGCCAACCUGGUAGAACGUUUACAUGUAGUUCUGAGACCUGUGAUGGAAGUUCCUCUCCUCUUUACCCAGAGUGAGGUGCGGAGCAUAGCUGUGAGCCACACUUUCAAGAUUGACAAGGCCCGUCGAGAGCUAGGUUACUGCCCAAAACCUUACAAUCUGGUGGACUGUAUAGAGCAGUACCUGAAGACCAGACGGCGUCGCUCCAGCUGGCGUCCUUCCAGCCUCUCCUGGACCUCCCAGUUCCCCCAACACCUCAUGCUGCUGCUACUGAUGGGUCUCAGUCUGGUGCUACUGAUGCUUCUCUGUCAGAACUAAGCUAUUUUCAUUGGAAAUGAUGCAUGGACAACAGCACAAUAAGCUGUCUAACGUGAUGUUUCUUAUGUUUAUUUUUCGUAAAAUGAUGGUCUAUUCUCACCACAUGUGAAUGAAAUUUACCAAAUGCUGAAAAGUAUGAAACCUAAGUUGUGUGAAUGUUCUGGAUUUCUCUACAGUUUGAAGUUAAAGUUACUAUGAUUCCAUUAAAGGACAGAAAUAUCUAACUUUGUAUUACAGAUAUUUAAAUUUUGAUUGAUUGUAUUUAAAAAUUGCUUCCAGCUUCUAUGAUAAAGAUUUGUUGUGAUUGUAUCUUUAGACAUGAAUGAGUAUUUAAUUAGUAAUUUUGUACCCUUUUAGCAAUAAA